CUUUAAGAUCUUCCUCGGGUCUGUUGAUCUUCUAGUAAAAAAAUGGGGUGGCGUCUUGCAGUUAGAUUGUUCCUUGUCUGCCUUCUGGCCUCCGGAAGCUUCCCUCAGUUAGCUCCUACAACAGAUCAUGUUACUGUAGAGUGCUUGGGUAGCCUUGCCCGGCUCAAGCUGAACCCACACUAUUUCCAGAACAAAUACGUCAGCUUUGCUGCUAUUGACAAGUUUGGCAGGUCUUGGACCAUAAACCAGACCCUGGCCACACAAUGUGGAUACACCAUCCUCCAGGACGUCUGGGGAAACCUGGAGUUCCGCGCCUCUUUGAUCAGCUGCUACGCUCAGAUGGUGGGUGACGAGCAGUUCAGUCUGACGUUCCACAUCCUGGCAGCCACAAGCCCAGAGAUGCAUGACACGAUUGCGCUGGUGGUCCCUGUGAAGUGUUCCUACGCCCCAUGGCAGCCCCGGGAAAUCAUCUGUGAGGAAAACUACAUGGAAGUUUCUGUAAGGAAGGACGUACCACCAAUCCCUGAUGGCUUUCUUCAAGACCAGCCUGAAGACUGGGCGGCUGCUUUCCCAGAGGCCAAAGCCGGGCCACCAUCUAGCUGGCAAAUCGUCUUCCACAUGGACACCCAGAAGAAGGAGAUGCUGGUUGAGCAAGCUCACGCAGUUGGCUACGGAGUCAACACCACUGACUCAAGAAUUGUGUUGAGGGCUUCCUACAAUGCAACAGAAGCUCAGAAGAUGGAGGUCCGUGGUGUCCCCUUCUCUGCAGUGAGGUCCACCACUUACUACAAGCAGCCUCGGAUGCUUCUGAUGCUGGACACUGCUGUGGCCUGUCCCAUAGAUGGAGUGAUGUACACAAAGGAGACCAUCACCUGGACUAUCCCGAAAGGCAUGCCUCCUCUCAUGAUGGGAGUGAGUAAUGUCAAAGAACUGCAGGUGGAGAUGGGUAUCGACCUGUCCAAGCUGCCUUCUCAAGAGGUCGCCAGUCGAGGGUACUUGCUGGCCAGUGAUACAGAUGCUAUCACCGUGCAGAUACCCAUUGGUGCUCUGGGUGGUACUUAUAAGAGCUACGUAGUUGCUGGGCAACUGGUAACCUCCUACAAAAUCAACCCCUUUGUUGAGCAUCUGUGGGAAGAUGACCAGAGGGGCGUCACAAAGCAUACCAUCCUGAAAGAGAUCAGCACACCCCCACAGCCUGCACCACUCAUAAUUAAAGACAGCACCAACAUCCCUCUCCAGCUCUUCAAUGUCUCUGCUGGGCCCUUCCUGCCAGAUGUGGGGCUAGUCAGUGUGAAAGUGGACGGUUCGGGCCCCUGGUCUCUGCCAGAGGUUGAAAAGCAGGGCUGUAAGGUCAUCGGAUACAAGCACCCUAACAGCAGCAAUGACUUCAUCCUACAGAUCCCUUUUGACACACCUGGAGUCGAUAAAAAAUAUGUGUCAGGUCCUGUCAGGAAUUAUACCUUAAAUAUCACGUUUGGGUUCAUCGUGAGCCCCCACUUAGAGCCCUUUGACGUCCCGGUCACUCUCGUUGCCCUCGUCGCCGACGCAGUAUUACCUCAGGCUACCGGCUCCUGUGAUGAUGAAGCCCUCUACUUGGUGAUGAGACGUGGCAACGUGGACCAGGACUGGCUGCCCUUCGUGGAGGACACCCUCUUGACACAGGAGAUGGCCCACCAGCUUGGCUACACCUUCCAUGACAAUGGAACCCACCUUGCCCUAAGGGUGCCCCGGAAUGCUGCCCACGUGGUUUUUGAAGAAAUCCACUCUUCUGGGAUCAUGGUGACUUUCCAGUUGCUUCUUAAGGACCCUGUCACUCAAGCGGAAAUGAUGGACUUCUCAAUUUCCUGCAGCUUCUCUUCUAAAGAUCUCAUCGAUUGCUUCCCUAACGGCACAAUGAUGAUCUCUGUCUUGAGGCUGGUUGGCAUCCCGGGCUUGGUGCCCUCCGAUCUGGUGCUGAGAGACAGACGCUGCAAGCCGUCUUUGGUGACAGAGGAAGGAGCGACAUUCCUCUUCAGCGUGAGCACCUGUGGGACUACCCGCACGUUCAAGAGUGAUACCAUGACAUACGAAAAUGAAGUCCUGUAUGUACCCCCAGGCCAAGCAGCACCAGUUUAUCAGUUGAAAUGCGCUUGCCGGUACCUGGUCGGCGAUGCCCUGUUGCUUCAGUACAGCCCUGUUAAAGGCCCAUCCCCCAACAUCCUGCCAGGCGUUGGCCCACUGGCUCUUGCCCUGAAGCUCGCCAGAGACCAGUCCUACAGGGACUUCUACCAGGAGGCGGAGUACCCCGUGACUCGGUACCUGACGGAACCCCUCCACUUCCAGGCAGAGCUGCUGCGUAGCCAGGACCCUCAGCUCGAGCUGUUCCUAGAAGACUGCUGGGCCACAGCAUCAUCGGACGGGAACAGUUCUCCGCAGUGGAACAUUGUGACCGACAGUUGUGAGAAUACGGAGGAUUCCCAUCAGACCAUCUUCCACAGAGUACCCCCUGGCUCUGUCCCAUUCUCUACACACGUGAAGCGAUUUGAAGUGAGGAUGUUCACGUUCAUGGUGGAUGACCAAGCUCUACAAGGACAAGUCUAUUUCCACUGCAGUGCAAUAAUCUGCGAUUCCACCUGGCCAGCAUCGAAUGCCCUCUGUGAUAGGCGCUGCAUUCCCAGAAGGCAGAGAGUAGGCCGUAGCCUUGAUUCCCCCAGUGAUCUACACAGGUACAUCUCAUCUGGAGCAGUUGUUCUUGGAAGGAGAAGCCAUGCUUAAGUCUCUUGCGACAGAAGGAUUUGACUGAGAGUGGCACUUAGGCACUGACUGGAAAAUAUCUGUUGGCAUCUUGUGCAAUAAAACCUACCAACAACACA